GUUCAGUUUAUCCGUGAUCACGACGAUCACGAUCAUCACGAUUACAGUCAUUGCCGGUCAUUGCAGUUGCAGUAGCCAAUCAUACCAAGGAGACCUACCAGAAGUGACAAUUGUCAAGUGUGUUUGGUGGAAUUAUAUGUCAACAUACAUACAGAAUGCUUGUAAAGUAUGCCAUAGUAAUGUCCAUAGCGUCAGUUGUUAUUAUGUUUUACUUACACGAGUAUCAUACAUCAACAUUCAUUCAGUUCAGGAGUGUUUAUGCACAGUUGUGUUCAACAGUAAUUCAUUUGCACACGGUGGUUUUAAAGUGGUUUAACAUGGGAUCGGACAUAGAUUUGCGAGGGAAACGGAAAGAAAUGCUGUUUUCCAAGGAAAAGUUAAAGAAACACACGGACGGAAGCAAGGGUCUCUACCUGGCCAUCCUUGGUAAGGUUUAUGAUGUUGGGAAGGGUGAAAAAUUCUAUGGACCGAGCGGCAGCUACCAUUUCUUUACAGGUCGUGAUGGUAGCCGAGCUUUCAUUACAGGAGAUUUUACAGAAUCUGGUUUAACAGAUGAUGUAAUUGGUCUUACACCACAGGAACUUCAUAGUCUUCAUGAGUGGGCCCAGUUUUACCGUAGAGAGUAUAAAUAUCUGGGAAAAGUAAUUGGUCGAUAUUAUGAUACUGAAGGCCAGCCAACUCCAUACUAUCAUCAAGUAAGGAAAUUAAUAAACAAAGCAAAAAGAACUAAACAGGAAGAAAGUAUAGAGAAACUUUCAUAUCCUCCAUGCAAUUCAGAGUGGAGUCAGGAGUCAGGAAGCCAUGUAUGGUGUUCAAAAAUGAGUGGGGGUAUUGAGCGGGACUGGAUUGGAGUACCAAGGCAACUGUAUGAACCAGGAUCUCAAACACACAGAUGUGCAUGUGUAAGAGAAAAUGAAAUAGAUGGCCCUUUUAAGAAGGGAAACAUUAAAGAAUAUCCUGACUGUAACCCAAAGUCAACUAGCUGUUGGGUAUAUUCAUAAGUUGCUAUCCAUAUAUGUACUGCAUAAGAAAAGUGUUGGCCUUUGCUCAGACUUGAUUGGAACCUAGCCUGCUCUUACUAUCCUGAUGUGUUAAGAGCAACAGCAAGAUUUAGAAAUGGAGAUCUAAUAUACGUACACAUUCUACAGUAUUGUUUAUCAGACCAUAUGCUUGUUAGGCAGCCCUUCUGAGAAAAGCUGUACUAGUUUGGCAGAUAGCAUCAUCCUACGAUUAUGAGGAAACAUGAGAGUAGAAACCAGCUCCCAUGUUAAAUCAAACAACCAAGAACUAGGAAUAACUUCUUCUACUUGGACAGCAGACUGUGUUCUGUUACCAUGACAUGGAUACACCAUGCCAUCUUAGCUUCCUGAAUAGUUGGAAACUUCACAAAGACCAGUUUGGGCAGUUCCCCAAUGCAGCAGCUUCAACUGUGGGCACCAUGCACAUCUUGGUAUGUCUCUGUUGUGUUUUAAAGGGUUUACAGUGUUGAAAAUUGAUGAAAUAGAAUCUGGAAGUAGUCAUUGCCUGAAGUUAGUCCUUGCAUUUGCCUGAAGGGCCUCAGAAAAUCCACAGAAAACCUUUCAGGACCGCCACGGUCCCAACUGAGACUUAAACGAAGCACCUGCUGAAUUGAAAUCCCGAGCCCUAUACUGCUACACCAGUCUGCUUCAUGUGAAAGCCUAAAAUUUUCAUUUGCAUUAUACCUUGUGUCACAGCAUGUAUAUGUGAAACUUGAUUUUUGCAAUAAAUUGCAACAAAAGAUACAGAAUACUGGCCUGCCAUGAUAAUCCA